AUGGACAGAGAAAAGGAAGAAGAGGGCAAGACUUAUGACACAUGGUGUAAUAAAAAAUGCACAGAUUUAACGGCCUCAGAAGAAAUAGAUGAAAUAUGUCAAGGAAAUAGACAAAUUAGUCAUGAAAGUCUUAUAGGAAUACCAAGUAACCAGAUAGAUCAGCUUAAAGUAUCUGCUAAUAAGGAAUUCCUGCAGCUUGAUCUCACUGUAAAUAAUAUUCAGAAGAUAUUUGAUAGAAUUAUAAGUAGUCGGAGGGCAUCUGCGCAGGGAAUGAGUGUCUCAAAUAAAAAACAAAAAGAAAAUGUGUUGAUACGGGGAUUAAAUGAAAAAAUAAAAGAAAUGUCAAUUAUGCUGGAUAUAACGCAAUCUCAGCUUAAAAUAAAACAAAAAAAAAUAGAAAAUUUGGAGGAAAUUGUGAAAAAUUUAAGAGAUGGGGUAGAAGGAGGUCAGAAAAAAGAAAAUUUAGAGGAAAUAGCAGGAGAGAAGAGCAGAAGGCACGGGGGCAUAUUAGAGAAGAAUAUACUUAAAAUAAUUACUAAACGCCUAGGUAAUGCAGAAGAUAAGGAGAUAUUAUAA